GUGUGCUGCACACACACACACACACACACACACACACACACACACACACACACACACACACACAUACAAACACUCCACUGGUAAGCUUUCAACCAGCAUUCUGCUCUCUCUCUCUCUCUCUCUCUCUCUCUCUCUCUCUCUCUCUCUCUUUCUUUCUCCCUCUCUCUCUCUCUAACACAUAUUCACACUUUGUCACACAUACCCAUUCACACAGCUUGACUCAAGCCACACAAAGUGGUGUUGCACGAAGAAGAGAAAAUAAAUGUUAGAGCACAAAGAGACAGGAAAGUGAGGGAUGAAAUGCAGAAGGAAGACGUAAAUCUUCGACUUUGCUAUACAGAGAGGUUACAGCGGGGAUGUACCUCAUGUCUGAAGACACUCAGUUAAAUUAUACCAGAUGGAGCAGCACCAUGGCACUGAGCAUUGACUGAACCGGACCUUCUGUCUGACCUUGAAAGCUGGAGUGAAGAUCUGAAGCAGUGGCGAUCAACAGCUGUUGUGUAUAGACCUGUGUGUGUCCUCCUGCUGAGUGUGUGUCCUCUUUCCCACUACUGUGUGCUUCUGCCUCUUUGCUACCCUUGUCCUGACAGCAGUGUCACCAUGUUGUGGACCCUCCUCCUGGCACUGAUCCUAUUACUGGUGCUCCAGGCCCAGUUGUAUGUGUGCCUGCGGGAGCUCAGAUCCUCCACGACCUCUGUGAUCUCAGUGAACCUGAAAGAGACCACAAACAGCAGCACCUCACAACGCAUACCAGGUGCCAUUAUCAUUGGGGUACGCAAGGGUGGCACCAGAGCCCUGCUGGAGAUGCUUAACCUUCAUCCAGAUGUGGAGGUGGCCAAGGCUGAAGUGCACUAUUUUAACAUUGAUGAAAACUUCCACAAGGGUUUGGAUUGGUAUCGUGCCCAGAUGCCUCUCACCCUUGAUGGGCAAGUGACCGUGGAAAAGACUCCAGGUUAUUUCACAGCAUCUAUGGCUCCAGCCAGAAUGUGGUCUAUGAAUCCUGCAGUGAAGCUACUUCUGAUCGUCCGAGACCCAGCCGAGAGGCUUGUGUCAGACUACACACAGGUCCUGCACAACCGCAUUCAACAGAACAAGUCAUACCAGCCUCUGGAGGAGCUUCUUCUACGCCGAGGACACAUCAACCUCAACUACAAGGCUCUCCAGAGAAGCCUUUACCACCAACACCUGGCCAGGUGGUUGGCGUUUUUCCCUAGGAAGCAGUUCCAUAUUGUUGAUGGAGAAGCAUUGAUCCGGGACCCCUUCCCAGAACUUCAAAAAGCGGAAAAAUUCCUGGAACUUCCACCACGGAUAAUGCCUGAUAACUUCUACUUCAACACCACUAAAGGUUUUUAUUGUCUGCUUUCUGCAGGACAUGACAAGUGCCUGGAUGAAUCAAAAGGAAGGCCACAUGCACCCCUCAGCAACGAGGCUUUCCAAAAGCUUUGUCGAUUCCUCAGAUUGCCCAAUCAGAUCUUUUUUAGGAUGACAGGGCAGACUUUUGACUGGUGCUGAUGAAAAGUUGAUGCUAGCUUUGGAACUGUAGAAAAAACCUGCCAUGAAACACCCUGUCUGCUCAGAGCUCUACACACUGUAUAUGUAGAGUAGCCAAAGUUGGUUUAUUCCAAUGAAGUCCAGAACUGAGCUGAAAAAGAAAUUACAAGAGCACAAAGUGGAAAAAAAAAACAGUAUCCCUGGUGCAAAGGUUCCUCCUAGUGUUAGUCAUGCAGAAGUGCAACAAAUUCAGGGGUAUCAUGGAGUGAAGCUGUAGAUCAGAGUUUAUGAUCUAAUCCACAGAUUUGCUGCUUGGUUUUAAUGAAAACCUGCAGCUGCAUCAGCCUGUGUGGAUAUGGUAGAUGCACACUUCUUCUUUCGGCUGCUCCCGUUAGUGGCAGCAACAGUGGAUCACUCGUCUCCAUACUACUACAUGAUAGUUGCACACUGCUGUAGAUAAAGUGUAUGUUUAAAAUGCUACUAAAUGUACAUUAAUACAGCUGCUGAGGGACAUGCGAGUAAUAUUGAGAUACUCAAAUAACCAAUUAUGUUACUUCGCUUAUACUUUGUGUAUUUUGUGUAUUUUACAAAGGUUUGUGUUGUGUAUGAUUGAGCUCCAUAAUAAUUCUAGUAAUUAGUUGGAUUUUCAACCUUGACAUUUGUAAAAAAUAAUAAUAAUAAUCUACACUUACUGUUUGGUCUGCCAUUUUUAAUUUUUUAUUUUUAAACACUCUGAAAAGAAUAUUCUGUCUGCAGUUUUUAAUCAGUACAUGCAUGUGCACAGUCAUGGUUUAGAAUCAAAAUGAUUGCUAUAAACAUCCAUAGUAAAGUCACUUCAUAUCUUUCAGUUCUUCUUGGAAGCUACAGUUGAGGUCCAAAGGUAACAUAUGCUUUGCAGAAUCUUAAAAAAUAAAGCGCAGAUGGAUCAUAAAAA